CAUACAUCGGAAAACUUUCCUCAAAAAAAAGGUAUUAGUUCUUAUGUUUCAUAAGUAAGAGCCAACAGGGCCGUCACCAAGAUUCCGGGGAAAGAUUUAUUCAUCAGUUCCUUGUCUAUUUCUGCGGUGGAGAGGGAUGGAUGCGCGAGGGCAGAGAGCAUUAAAGCAUUAACGUAGGUACCGGAGGCCUGUGAAUGGGUUGGAAAUGUUUUCUGCAAUGAUGCAUUUUCGACCCGACUGAAAUAUUUACACGCAGAUGGGUUUGCGCCCGACUCUAGCGGGUUUUACAAGUCGCCUAAAUAAAUAAUAAGUAACUCUUCUGAGUCGAGAUGAAAGCUAUCUUCUGCGGCACAAAUGGUGAGAGGAAACAUGUUCAACGGCUGCUCAUUGGAAGGGAAGCAGACAAGAAACAUCCACACAUCCACACACCAACCACUCAUCUUCGCAUAAUAUUCAACAUUCUAGCUACCUUUUCCCCCACAAUCAUCCACGAACUAUCCUUUAAUCUUGCAACGCACAAGAUCACAAGGAAAGAGGAUAACCGACCACUUGGAACAUAUUCCGGUUUAACUUCUUCCAACAAGCCGAGGGUGUGCGAGCGUUCCCUUCAAAUAGGUAUGGGUCGGAUCGCCUCAAAAAAUCCGUUCGCCAAACGGCUCUUUUUGAUCCUGACUGGCCGACUGCUCGCGGAACGUGGCGUCGGGUCAUGGGAAGACAGUCGUGGCCUGCAGAAUCUAACUGGACUGGGCUGCAGCACCAGCGCGCGCACUUAAGCACGGCACGGCAGGGGUGAGGAGGAGGAGACCACCAUGCUCGAAGCGCCAGACUCUAUUUAACACGAAGGCCGCUAGAGGGCUGUGGAGGGAGGGAGUAAGGCUUCGUUCCAACGACUCUGCUUCAAUGGAAUUUGCCCCGUGGUUGUUCGCUUUUCUCCUCGACAGCUUCCAAUUUCUGAGAGCCGUGGAUUUGUAGCCCUGUUUGAAGAGCCAAUUGCUCCCCAUUGCUUUUCCUUUGCCUUCUCCUUUCCUAUGUGUAGGAAGGUUGGUUUUGGCAUCACUUGCUAUUCCUUGUCCGUCGAGUGGUGGCUCUGACUCUCGUUUCUUAAACUGAUGUUUAUAUUCUUCCUGCGGAAUUCCGCUUUCUACUUUACUUCGUCGACCGACCUCGCGCGGUGGAGGGAUAUAAAUAUAUAGGGGAUAUCCAACGAAGAGGAUACAACAUCACAAAUAUGGACAUAUCCACGGUUGUGACUUCGAUCCUGGCUGCCUUUGGGAAUGGGAGGGACCUCUUCAAUCGCGUCCAGCAAAAGAAGGAUCUCAAAAGAACGGGAACGGAUAAAUCCAAGCGAAAUCUAAGAACCCACGGCUCCCGAAAGAAAAAGCGAAGGAAUACAAAUGAUGCGGCGGUUCCCGUUCGAAGCGAAGAUAUCGAUGAUCUGCGAAUCCAGGCAUCAUUGGAAAGGGGACCUGCUGAAAUCAAGAGGGAGUAUGAUCAAAGCGUGCAAAGAUUAGGGGAACGCUUCAAAAAGGGAGAUGAGCUUGCUCACGGCUCUCUUGCCCAUACAUUAUUAAUACUGAACGCUGGUUUGAUGAAACUUAUAGCAUCGUGUCUGUCCAGUGAUGGACAGGGAUACAACUGUGCAGGAACUGUUGAUCGACGGUCUUUACUUUCUCUCUCCGAUUCUGCGGCGGCAGAUGCAAUAACUGCUCUCGAUGAACUCCGACAGCGCCUCAUAAGCGCAUCCACCCCAGCGCCUAAAUCAGCAAUGAUACCUGCGGGACAGAAAGAGAGACAACGCAGUAGAUCGUUGUCCCGACAGAGGUCAGGGAAGAGUAGUAAAGCCGAAGACAAAUGUCGACCCCAAAGCGCUGCGAGACGGCCCACAACGACGACAACCCAAGUCAAAAAGAACGUAGCAGGAUCACCGCCGAAACCAGCUUCGAAUAUAGCGUCCAGCAACCAGGCGUUCAGGGGAAUGUGGAUUCGGUCGAGAAAGGGGUCCUCCAUAUCACUGGCAACAACAGCGGUUACAAGCCAGCACCCAGCACAGCAAGCUCCAAAAAAGCUGCCAAAUAUGAUAAAGCAAUGCGACAUGGAGCAUAAUCAGGGCCACCCGGCUUUUGCACAUCUCCAGCAACACAGGAGAUCCCCAAAUAACGAGGGAGACUUCCAAUUCAGCGGGCGGGACCACCGGGGACAACAGCUACCUUCCUCCAUCCGCACAACGGUCAUAAGUACUGAUAAUAGAAGAACGGCAGCAGCAGCAGCACCUUCUAUUUCAAGAGUGCUUCGGAAGGACAUGCCACCACUCUCCCCUCUUGUGCCCCUGUCACAAAACCUGCAACCACCACGUGGGAGGGCAGGAGCUGGAGGAUGCCCAGCAGUGGCGUCCUCAAUGUCAGUGUCGUCUGGUAGCACAAAGCUGGGUGAGAUACCGAAUCGUGGGCGAUUUUCACACUCCACGUCUCUACAACCUACUUCUUCACAGGCGCGGAAUUACGGGCCCACAGGACCGGUUGUGGAGGUUGGGUAUCAACGGCCUAGCGUUGCGUUCCAUGCUGGAUUGGAGUACUGGAGGAGAUUGGCUGCGGAGGCGAAUGAGCGAGAAGGGGUUAAUGCUCGAAGGGGUGUAGGGGGAAGAAAGUAGGAGGGGCUUUCUUUUAAAAAGCAAUGAUGCCCUUGUGGUACAUUACAUUUUGCCUCUCUCUAUUUGCCUUUGUUUUCCGUCCCCUGUCUCAUUUAUUCUUCUCUUUCUUUCCAUAUCGUCAAUUCGUUUCUGAACCGGAAAUGAAGCGGCCGUUUUCUUUGUUUCUCCUUUUUAUUUAAUUUCUGACGUCUCUCCCUUUUUUUAUUUUUAUUUUUAUAUUUUUUUGUCUGUGCUCUUCUUUUCGUGUGAAUAUCUUUAUGAUGUUGUUUCCAUCCAUUAUUGGCAAACGUCAACCUCUUUCACUCUUCUUUUUCUCUUCUUUUUUUUUUCUCUUUCAACUUUUUACGCUCCUUGACGAAAUGCGCCCUGAAUGACCUUCAAAUCCUCACGUUUUAUCGUAAUGCGUAAUGUCUGCCAUUUCUGUUUGCUGCUCAAUAUUACGUUUUGCACCUCAUGAAUGGUCUUUUUUUUUCAUGGGAGUUUUUAUUUCAUUUGUCCGUCGUGCACUGAGACGGUGUCAGUUUCGGACCUAUGUAUUGACUGAUCUCUUCUUACCAGCAGAUAGGGCAAAUUUUGUAAAUAAAUUCAUAACUAAUCAAACUUUAGGAAGUGAUAUAAAAGGAUGUCAACUGCUUGAAUAUUCCACAGUACUGUACACCCCCGGUCAACCCAGACAACCAGACUUAAUCGGAUAAAGAAAAGAGGAAAUGCCACACUUAAAUGAAACCAUUAAAAGAAAAACGGGGGAAAAAAUAUCACAAUGCCACCAGCGACCCUCUGCC